AUGUCCUCACGACCCCCGAUGGGCGUCCCCCAGCGACAGCCCCCCUCGAGAUCCCUCAGCGGUUCGAGCUCCCUGUCGCAACGGCCUGCCCAUCAGCGCACGCUCUCGUCCCAAUACAUACCCUCUUCUCCCAUACGCAACAACAACAACAACAGUACCACCAGCAACAGCAACAUCUCCGCAGACUUCGCUGCCGACUCGAGCAGCCAGAACAGCAAUGCCACACAAACACAGUACGGGACCCCGCGGAGGGGUGGCUCACGCCUCAGGCUGGAACUGUCGAACCAGGGCAUCACACACUCCGGCUUCAUCGAGUCUCCCACCAGCGCCGGCGCCCUCGACCCCUUCAAGUCCUUCGCACCCUCGAGGCCUGCCGCACCAAGCAUGUCCGGCGACGUAUCCGACUUGGGCGAUAUGAGCAGUCCCCAGACCUCGAGGGGCGCUCCGACUGCAGAUAACGACAACAACCCCCUACCCAUGCCGAGGCGUCGCACGCGCUUCGUGGUUCCCGAUGUGAAGAAGGAUGUGGCCGCGCCAGCUCCUGCCCCGGUGAAAAAGGACAUCCGCCCCAAGCCAUACACUGUCGAAGUCCCGCCAGCCGCGCCUCGCUAUCUCGUGCUCAACGGCUCAGGCAAGGCCGACUCUUCGUCCAGAGCCGGGGCUUCAACCGCGCCUCCGACUGCGCACGCAGAUUUUAACCCAUGGACCGGCGACGGCCCCGAAGACCACUUCACCCAGACCUUUAUACAAACCGGAUUCUUUGAUAAGGCGCCCGUGGCGCAGGCCGAGACUUCGUCAGCCAAGGGUGCCAUAUUCCCCAGUCUGAAACACAAGAGCGGACUGUACGCGCUCUCAACCGUUUUCACAGGCAUCCUCGGGUCAAGACGACACAACGGCCAGAUCAACUCUGCUUCAACCUUCAAGCCGCCUCCCCGUGUGACCGUCACGGAUACAAAAAGGGAGGCCUGGCUCAAGGAUCUUGCCAACCCGACGACCUCACUUCGCCGACUGAGCAGAACAAUACCGCAUGGCAUCAGGGGCAAGGGACUCCUGGAACAGUGCCUCAACAAGAAUAUCCCGACCGAUCGUGCUGUCUGGCUGGCCAAGUGCGUGGGAGCAAAUGAGGUCAGGGCCUUCAAGCGAAAGGGCGUCAACGGCGCCGUUGUUAUGGGUGGAGAGGCCAAGUGGGUGCGAGAUUGGACCAUGUUCGUUGAACAAUUCGUCGAUGGUGUUGUGUCGUCAUUUGAGGAUGCCGAAUGGAAGGCCAAAGUCAACUAUGCACUACGCCUUGCUACACAUUUAUACGCCGAGCAUCUCCUGGACCGCGAGCAUUACAUGGAAUGGCUGGUCUCUGGGCUCGAGAAUUGUUCCCAAGCGAAAUUGCCCAUGUGGCUCUUGGUCACACAGAUAUACUGGAAAGAUCUCUUGAGGCUUAGAAAAUAUGGUCGGCGCCUUGUUGCCGCCCUGCUCAACCAGAACACGACUAUUCAAAAUCAUCCCGAUCAUGACAUCUUGGCUCCCCUGUCAUCGAGAAUUGCAAUUUUGCUAAAAACGUUGAUGAUCUCAAGCGCGACCAACUUUAUCUCUCCUUCAACAUGGGCCAAGCAUCGGGAUACCCUAUCCUCAGUCUUGCCUGCGGAUGACGAGAUGGUUCAAGCGGCGUACCGAGGGAUACACGCACGCAAUGAGCAGCUUGUGUCUAGCGUUCGGGCACCACCUGCAACGCGGCACGUGAUGGUCAAGAUGCUUGAUGGGACUCUUCAGACGCCGAUGCCAGAUGACUUACCGACAAAAUGCUGGAACAUGUCAGUAGACCAGAGCACACUUGCCAGAACAACCCUGGAGUGGUGUACCUCAUUGUACCGUCCUGGUGUGGCCAGGGUCUACGUUACAUGUCGCCUCCUUUCCACGUGGAUGACUUUUGGCUUGGACACGACUGCUGCAGUUCUGGAGUUCAUGAAUUCCGAUCCACUGGAGGAGCUUGAACGGAAGACGUCCCUGUAUCACCUGGUCUCCGAGCUUGUCCACUCUGGCUCUUUUGACCCCCUUAUUUAUGUUCAGUGGCUUAUAGCCCGCGGUGGACUGCACGAUUCGGACAGCGUUAUGCGAGACGGGCCUGCGAGCAGCCGACUCCUUGUCGAGCUACCCCUUCAUGCCCUCUCCCCAUCGCUGAGCAGUAUGCGUGCUAAUAUGCUUGGGAGAGCAUCAUAUAGUGUGGAAGAUGAGGCGAAGGAUCAAGAGAUGGCCAUCAAUUGCAUCAAAAGCAGCCUUGGGCUUCACUGGAACCCUGCUCCGAAAAGUAGCGCUAUCCCUCUUGGCAAACUCUGCAAAAGGGUCAGUCUGAGCAGUCGUUCAUUGAAGACAGAGAUCGGCCAGUUUAUCCGACGAACUUACGUACACGGAAUGGUGCAAGGCCAACUAGCCGGGAAGGAGAGCCUUCAACUUCCCGUCACCACGUUCAACGGUGUCAGAUCCGUUCUCGAAGCCGCAGAGGAUUUCCAAACUUUGGCGGAUCUUCUGAAGACAACGACGGGCUUCUACGAUGCUGACAUAUUAUCAUCUUCCGCCGAUACCCUGAACUUGCAUCUCCCAGUCUUUGGAGCUCUCAAUGUCGCGAAGGGUCUGUUUGAUACCCUUUUGGGGAGGCUCGAAAACAUCAAGCAGAUACAGGGUCUCGCCGGGACACGCCCUCUACUGACCUCAAUGGCUAUACUAGCGCCUCGGAUACCAGGGCAAGAAGCCCUUGUCAGCUAUCUCAAUGAGACUAUUCGCAACGAUCGGAGCAGUGCGGUCGACGCGUCCUCACCCGUCAGUGAUAACAUGGCCGCUCGAAUCCAGGACGAGGAAGGCGAGCUUCUGGACGAGAUCGAAAAAAGGCUUGCGAACAAAACGAGCAUGGAUCGCACUACAAUGAACAGCUUCUUGAACAAGAUCAUUCCCAAGGUCCAGGCAUGCUGGGGCACGGUGGAUGAGAGGCUACGGGCGUACAGUUCCCUGCUUACGAGGUUGCGGCAUUUUGACGUGCAGCAUUUCGACUCGUUCAUGACCAAAUGGGUUCUAGGAAUUCGCAACCCCCAGACUCGGCCAUCCCUCUCUCGAAUAUUUCCCCUCAUGAUCAGCGUGGGAUGUCUCAACCUCUCUAUUAUCCUGACUACGACGGGAGAUGCUGCGUCUGCUACGGGGAGUCCUUACCCCGCUGGUAAAACUUCUGGGCCGCUGUCGACAUACGUACAGGAGGUGCUAGAGAUGCUGACUAUGCCAGCUUCGAAAGAGCUCUUGACGCCGGAGGAGAUAUAUCGGUUCAAAAUUUUGCAAAACCAGGCACCAAAGUCACACCUCAAGGAAUUGGUCGCCCUUGUGCGUAAUGCUUUGACGGAAUUCUGUACUUUCCAGGCUCGUGGAGGGUCCGAGACAGCUCCAUUGGCCGACUCCCGCGCUCAAGGUCGACUUCUCUGCUUCCUCAGAACGCUUGUUCUCUCUGAUCAAGCUGUGGUGCCCAAGCUGUUGCCCAUGAAAACAGCGGAUCCAGCCGUGGUGCAGAUGAUGGACGACAUCACAACACGGCUUCUGCUCCCGCACGCUUCCGAAGGAACUCAAAUUACCUUUGACCAGGUCCUUGGACUCGCGAACGAGCUUACUUUGCCUUUCUGUCAAUUGAAGCUGUCUCAAGGUUUUGGGUCCACCGACACCUCCAGUGCCACCGCGCAGGAUCGGCAAGCCAAUCAGCUCGAGAUUUUCACAAAAGCCAUGGACAACGCCAUCGAUGCACGCAACAUAACGUGGACAGGGAUGCUUCCUACUCUCAGUCCCGAGAUCACCCAGCACCUGCUCAACCGAGCACAGACUCGUUUCUUCGACCUCUUGCCUUCCAAGGAACGGCCCCAACCCCCUCCUGGUAGUGUUGCUGCGGCAGAAAGUCUGCUGUCCGUCAUCGACACAAUCGGCCGUGGUGGCCUGAUGGGAUCUCGGUCACCACUUCAGCUUGCUUCUGCUACAGUCGACCGGCUGGCUGACCUGUGGGAGCUCUUGGCGUUACCAUCUGAGUCGGACGUCAAAGUCACUAUUCUCGUCAACUGGCUCCCACUCAUGUUGUCGUACCUGACACUUCAAGCGCAUGUCCACGACGCUGCUAAUAAGGCAUGCAAUGAGGUCCGCGGGCGAGCGUUGCUUGUCUUGUCUGGGAUAAUACAGGAGCUUGAUGGCCUAGUAUCGCUGUCUACCUGCGACCCGCGUGUGCCAUCAAAUCAGGCCGUGUAUCUCAUCCACCGCGUCUUCGACCUCGCCUUGAUUUUGGUCGACAAUUUAUCCGAAGAGAUCCGCCAGCAGUGUGUUCGCGUCCUAAAAGAAGCGCUUUCGGACUCACGGCUCAAGUACAUCUUUAGUUCUACACCGGCGCCACUUGAGAACUUCAUGCUGUCUCACAAGGACAAGCCGGCCACGCCCCAGCAGCCGCAGAGCCAGGGCAGCCAGGGCAGCCAGCAAGCUCAGCAGCAACGGCCGCGUGGCGCAGGGUUCCUCGGUGUAGGCGCUGCUGGCGGCAACAUCUGGGGCAACGCCGUCGGCCCAGGUGGGCAGGGGCAAGAGAAGCUGAGCGCGUUCACUUUCAAGAGAUGGGAAAUCCUGAACGAGCCCACAUCCAACGUGGGCGAGAACAAUACAAGCUUGAGCUUGACGCUUUUCGAAGCCAUCAAGCUGCACUAA